UAAUGAGGGUAUCCCUACAAACCAUUAACUACCGUUACUCGGCUUCCUCUCGUCAUUCGCAGUUUAGUGCUCAACCGCUUAACACGUAUUUCAAACUUGUGCUCAAUCCGUACUAAAAUGCCGAAAAGAAAACGGUCUGCUGAUCUAGACGACGAAUUUUUACAUCUUAUGCGUAAAAUGAAAAAAUUAAAACGUAGAAUGCGUAGGAAAAAAGAUAGUGCUACGGACAGUGACUCGCGAGAUGAAGAUUCGCCGGCUCGUGAAGGUGUUUCAAGGAUGCGAAGCGAGGUUCACAAUCCAGAGUCGCCUACCGUGCAACUAGAUACGGAUGGAUCGUUGCCAGGAUCUCCUGAAAAUGUUGAUACGCAACCGAGUAUAGACGAUGCCUUCUUAGACAUCCAAGCGUCAGGUUCAACAAAUGAAACUGAUAAAAUCAUUUCGGUCCCACCGAUCGCAGUGCCUGAAACAUCUACCCAGGACGAAACUCCAGAACUAGACACUGAUAUUCUGGAAAUAUUAGGUGACGGCCCAACGGUACAAAUAAAGUAUGGAAAAGACAUACGUUCAGAACUUGCAUCGCGUUUGCAACACCUUACCCAAGAAGGACUCAACAAGGAGACCAGAAAAAACCUAAUCGCGAAAUAUCCAUUGCCCGCGAACUGUACGCUUAUAGGAGCUCCCAAAAUUAACCCGGAAAUUAAAGCAGCACUUGCUGACAUUGCUUUAAAGCGAGAUAAGGGUAUUGAGACUAAGCAGGUACAGAUGGCAUCAGCCCUGUCAUGCUUAAGUGACAUUAUUACGUCCCAUCUUAACUCAAAAGAAAGAGACAACGAAUUAUUACAAAAGCUCAUGGAUACUGCCCGCCUACUUUGUGAUAUCCAACACAAUGACUCUGCUACCAGAAAACACUUCGUUCUAUCAUCUCUCAAGAAAGAUAUGAAAGAACAUCUAACGAACACAAAAAUUGACUCGUUCUUGUUUGGACAAAAUUUGGCGGAUACAAUAAAAUCUGCCAAAGCAGUUAACAAGUCUGGUGUUGAAUUAAAAGCAGAUGAGAAGAACCAGUCUAAGAGACCCAACACCUCGGUACCGAAACCUUUAAACCGACGAGCUCCUGCUCCGGCGCGCAGGCAACCGGGUGCACCUCCAAGGAGCCGCGGGCCUGCAGCCCAGCGAGGCACAGCUGCCCCGCCGCCGCAGACGUACUACAGAACGCCGUGGCCAGCACCGCCGCCGCCUCCCCCGCCGCCGCCGCCACCGCCGCCGCCACCACCUCCGACGGCUCGUCGCCGUUAUUAA